AGACUUUAACACAACAGCAGUAGAUCCGAAGCAAGGCAUGCAGGAAGGCAGACACGGUCGGGCUUCUGCUGCUGACUUUGCUAAUGACAGUAGUGGGUGUUUAAUUAUUCCAUUUUGUGAAGUGGACUGCUCUGCUCUGCUCUGAGUCGAGUCGGUGGUUUGUUACUCUGCUUUCUGGAUGAAGAUUAAGCUCUCAGGAAUCUGCUUUUCUGGCCGCUUGCCUCUUUUCCCGACGUUGACAGCAAUUUGCUCAUCCGACUUACAGUGAUCGCAUAACCUGCUCUCGAGUGAAUGCUGUACGAAUGUGAGUCGGGAAGCUCAGUGCAGUUCAAUCCAUUUCCGAAAUUGUGCUGGAGAGUAGACGGUGUUCAAAUUUGGACCUCUCCGACAGCCGUAAUGUGCUUUCGGUCAUGAACCUUGACCUUCACAGAAGAUCUUACAGGGAGAGUGAAUUGGAAAAGAAGCGAUCAUUUAUUGGCGAAGGUGUCUGUGUAUGAGAGGCCAUUUGACAAGAGUACAACUACAUAGGCACCUGAUCGCGAGAAGAGAGGACGCAGGAAAGGGGAGCCGCAGGUGCAAUGGGUCCAGUGGUACGGAUUUUGUGCCCACUGAGUCUUUUAGAAGGCGAUCGUUUGCUGUGGUUGGUGGGCUCUCCGAGCCUGCCUUUGACAAUUCUCUCUGCCCUCCGUUGUGUGAAAUUUGCGAGCGAUACCGGCGAACCAGAUUUGUCGAGUGAAGCAGACGAAUUACAGUUUAUCGUACCGAGAGGUCUGGAGAUUUUGGGGGCAAUUGUCGUCGAUGAUGGUGGUCCUGAAGGUGUACAGAAAGCUGGAGAGUAUGCUCUCAAGAUGAGAAGUAUGUUGGGACAAUCUGCCGCUUCAGCAAAAUCGGUUGACGUUAUUUCUGGUAUUUCAGUUGAUGCUAGUGGAAAUGUGGAGUACCACUUGUAUCAACCGGGAGAGCCUCCCAAUAUAGAGUUACUGGAGAUCAAUCAAAAUUCAAAUGAUUUUGAUGCCACUGUAUGGAGGAACCUGAGUCUGCUGUAUUGCCAAAUGGAAUUCAAUGUACCCUUGUACUUAUCCGCCACACCGAAUGCAUCAGAUUACACAGCACAACUUGUAGAUGCAGUGGAACACAUAAUGGGAGACUUAAAAAGCUCAAGGGUAGUGUUAUUGGCCAAAGGUUCGUCUGCUAAGGCUCUCAAGCAAGGCGUGGUGCUGAUUCAACCAUUUAAUCAGUUGAAAGUCCAGCGGGAGACAGCCCAGGGAAUUAGUGGCGAUACGAGAAAAGAAGGCGUACAACAAAGCUCCCUAUGUUCUGACUUGAGUCAACCUCCAUCUUUUUUCACAACUUCGUCCGGCGUUCAGCUACCAGAGCCAGUAGAGCUGACGAUAAUGUUACAACAGUCCAGCAUUGCUAAUGGAAAAGUCACAGCCCCAGUCGUUCAGUUUGUACCAGCAGCGGAGAAUGCAACCACUGUCCAAAUAUUGAAGUUAAGCAUGGCUGUUGUGUGCAUGGGAGGCAGUCAAAUGCCGCUAGUGGAUGCUGCAACAGAUUUAAUCUUGCCAGCACUUCGUGACCAACUUGCGGCCAUGAAAAGAGUUGCAAUGAAGAACACGGCACACAAAGCAGAGGUAUGCUCUUAUCAAUUUUGUCCUCCAGGAUGGCUGCAUCCAGUCACAGCCAUAUAUGACCUUAGCCAUGGUGAAACGGAAUUGGCAUUGGUUGAAGAAAGAAAGAAUCUACAUCGCAGACUAGGCCUGACAUUGGAUCGCCCAUUGCUUCGAACUGCAAAUGCUGUUUGCUUGAGAAAUAUUGAGGCAGUUGCCUCCCGGACGUCAGGUACAAAGCGACUGACUGAUGUUCACGUUGGUUUGAUCAAUUCGGGUGUAUCUGGAGGGCGCCAAAGUUUGGUUCAGGGGUCUUAUGAGUACUACCAUUAUCUUCAAGACCGAAUAGAUGAUAACGGGUGGGGAUGCGCAUAUCGUUCCCUUCAAACAAUCGUCUCUUGGUUUCGACUUCAGCACUACACUACGCUUCCUGUGCCAUCUCACGAAGAGAUACAACAAACUCUUGUGGACAUUGAAGACAAAGAGCCGUCGUUUGUUGGUUCAAAGGAGUGGAUAGGUGCGAUUGAGAUCAGUUUUGUGCUGGAUAAGCUCUUGGGGGUGUCCUGUAAAAUUUUGAACGUGUCAAGUGGAGCUGAGAUGCCAAGCUACUGUCGUCAACUAGCUUUACAUUUCGAAACCCAGGGCACUCCUGUUAUGAUUGGGGGUGGUGUUUUGGCUUACACUUUGCUUGGCGUGGAUUACAAUGAGCUGACCGGCGACAGCUCCUUUCUGAUUUUGGACCCUCAUUACACGAAAGGCGAGGAUCUUAAAGCUAUAAAAAGUGGAGGAUGGGUUGGAUGGAAAAAGGCAGUUUCUCAAACGGGCCAACCCUUUUUUCUCCAAAAUAAAUUCUACAAUCUUCUUUGCCCACAAAGACCCAAUACAGUGUAGGACCUUCACCGCAGGAUGCCCGAAUGGAAAAUUCUAGCGAGGUCCACUUUAGCUGCAUCUGUUCGAAGAAGAUGAACUCCACAAUGUUUCAGCUGGAAGCUGGCUGCGUCGAACGUUUGAAUUGAAGUCUUCCAUGACGCAAGUUUCCUUACGUUUGACAAUUAAUCAGCUCCAGUUCGGUCCAGACCAGUUCAAACAGGUGAGCAAUGUCGUUCAUGCAACGAGUGACCGCAGGAUUGGAAUAUGGACUCCCGAUGGCCUCCUUGAACCUGGAGGUUAUCAUAGAGAGCGGAGCGGCUUCAUCAUCACAUCAGACUGACAGGAUACACCAUGGUGGCCGAGGAACAGAACAAGUCAACAGACAGGCAGGGUUUUUGUGUGUAUGUGGAGAUUCCAGUUUUGCCAUAUGAAGAAAUUUGAAUUUGGACGGCAUUGCAGAUUCUGCAUUUUGAGUUUUAGGCAUCGUACAUGGGUCUUAGUCUUCUUCGUGACCAACGAUUCAUUCUGCGUUUUGAGAAGCAUUCUUGGUCACAUGUGGGAGCCGUAUCCAGGAGUUUUGUCAGGUUGUGUAUGACCGACAUUUCAUGAAGUUUGUCCGUAAGUUAUCAUCUUUUCAGCCUACAGUAUGGACGUCUAUUCUGCUUCUAUGAAGAGAGCA